ACGUUAUUGGUUGUUUAUUUUGUACUACAAAGGAAGCUGUCAUUUCAGGAUCAUAGCAGAGGCUGACUUGAAAAACAACAGUAGUAUUGUGCCAGUGCUAUUGUCAGCUUAUGUUAUUCUUUCUCUGAUGUUUGAUAUCAUGGAGAAAAUGCAGAGGAGUACAUUUUCCUUUCAGUUACAUUUAUGUAAAUCCAAGAAAGAUACUGGUGCGAAGAGAGGCAGAAUGCAAGGCAGGCAUGACUACAGCUUUCUAACUGUGUGAGAAAAGUUCAGUAGCUAUUUUCAGAGAGAUUUGAUGCAUCCUACAUAGCAGGCUUUUCUUAGUUUCCUGUGGAAUCUAUCAGCCUUGUUUAAAAAAUAAUCAUAUUGAACUGGCAUAUUUGAUGCUGCUGAAUACAUUAUUGUAGUAGAAAUACAGUUCCUAAAACAAGUGCUCAAAAUUAAAUGAUGUCUACAGAAGCUCUUGAGUUGAACUUGUUCAGUCCCUUUAUUCAUGCUCUCAAUUAAUGAAUUUCUGAACAGGAAGGAACUUACUGCUGAUGCUCGUGAGCUGAAGGGAGAAUUGUAUUGUUUACCCUGCCAUGACAAAAUGGGCGUCCCCAUCUGUGGAGCAUGUAGAAGACCAAUUGAAGGACGUGUGGUGAAUGCUAUGGGCAAACAGUGGCACGUGGAGCAUUUCGUUUGUGCAAAAUGUGAGAAGCCAUUCCUGGGUCAUCGUCAUUACGAGAGAAAAGGCCUGGCCUAUUGUGAAACCCACUACAAUCAGCUGUUUGGUGAUGUAUGUUUCCAUUGCAAUCGUGUGAUUGAAGGAGAUGUUUGGUUCCUGGAGAUAUUCACCUAUCUGUCACAGGCACCUGUCUUUUGAAAAUAGAGGCUGAUAAUAAUUUCACAGAACCAGGAAGGAAUUGUACCUGAAAAGAUCUGGGAAGCCAUAACUGGAAGCGCCUUAAUUUUGAGGAGGAGUGAUUGUUUUGUAGCUUUUUGGACUAUCAUCAAUGAUAAAAUGCCAUAAGGCAAAUCAUUCCACGUGCAGUCACAUUAUUUUGUUCCUAGCUACACCUGCCUGAAGUAAACACUGUAACACAUCUUAGCCUCACCUAAGCCAAAGCCAUUCUCAAAGUGGGAGGAAGCCUCUGCUACAUGAAAGGAGCCAUAAAGUAGUUCACAGCCAU